CUGCAGGAACAGAAACAGAUAAUGCUGAAGCUAGUAAUAGCCCUCGUUCUCCCAACACUCGCCUACUCAGCAGUUCAGUGCUACGUUGGUCAGAAGCUCUUCUCCUAUGAAUCCACAAAUGCAAUUUGUGCCAAGUUCAUCCCAUACACGUGUGCCGUUCAAUGCGAGUGGCGUAAGCAAUGCAGUGAACACACGUCAUUCAGCGCAUUCCGCGGACGUCGCACUUUCGUUUCUGGCCUUCUUCUCAAUUCGAAAUCCUUGAUGGUUUUGUGUUGCGCUUCAUUGGCUACUCGAGUGGAGACAGACAGCACCGGUCGUGAGAAGUGUAUCUGGAGAGACCCGGAAUCCAUCUCAGUCCUUGGUCCAUCCAUCAGAACCAAUCCAGUAUUGGCACCAAACCACUACAUUCGUGACGUGAAAAUGGAGAGAGAUGGAAGCUCCCGUGUUGAUGUGACCAUUGAAGUCUGCCAAUAUCAAUCCGAAAGAGACCAUUGCAAGAUUGAUGAGAUGAGCGAAUUCGAGAAGAAGCGGUUCAACGUUAUCAAGGGAAAGCUUGAUAAGGCUAAUGCGACUGGCGCCACGACGACGGAAGCGCCAACGGAGGUCAAGAACGAGGACGAUUUUCUGAACAAAAAGCUCCGCAACUAA